AUGGAUGCAAAUUUAUUGUUAGAGUGCUUUUCAGCUACGUUGCAAUCCGAUCAAUCAGUGAGGCAUCAAGCUGAAUUGCAACUUCGCCAAUUAGUCUUAACACCAGGAUUUUUGGGUGGUUGUCUUGAUAUUAUAUCAUCGAAUAAUCCAGCGGUAAGUCUUCCUAUCAAGAAAGCUGCAGCUGUAUUUUUCAAGAAUCGAGUUGUUAAAUAUUGGGGAAGUGAAAAACAGAAUAAGAUUGACAAUGAUGAGAAGCCCGGUAUAAGGGAUCGUAUUUUACCCGUAUUAAUUGAAAGUGACUAUAACACUAAGCAACAGUUGAUACCAGUAUUGAGAGUUUUGAUUUCGUAUGACUUUCCUAAUAAUUGGAAAGACCUUUUAGAGACAACAGGCGCUCUUUUACAGCAAGUACCGGUUGGGGCCACCAAAGACGAAGAUUUUUCACAGUUGUAUACUGGAUUAUUAUGUUUUAGUGAAAUAUCUAGAAAAUUCAGAUGGGUUUCCAAUAGUGAUAGAGAGCGUGAAUUGGAUGCAAUCAUUGUACAGGUUUUUCCACAUUUAUUAAACAUCGGAAACUCUAUAAUUGCCAAUUCUGAGAAUAUGACUGAGUUGACAGCAGAAAUAUUAAAGCUAAUCCUCAAAGUUUAUAAAUUUGUGACAUAUUUCGAUUUGCCAGUUGUCUUACAAACUAGAGAAUCAUUGAUUGCUUGGGGUGAAUUUCAUGGAUCAAUUGUCAAUAUGAAUACACCAACUUAUGUAUUGAGUUCUACCUUAAGUGAACAGGAAAAAUCAUUUUUGCAAAUUUCAAAAUGUUAUAAAUGGGCAGUUGCUAAUUUAUACCGUAUCUUUACAAGGUAUGCAUCAAAAAGUUUAUCUAAAAAAUUUGCAUACACAGACUUUCAGAAAAUGUUUUGUGAUGAUUUCAUACCUCAUUUAAUAACUAACUUCUUAUCAAUCAUAGAACAGUGGUGUUCAAAAAAAAGAUGGCUAAGUCUAUCAUGCAUUUAUUAUUUAUUACAGUUUUUAAGUCACUGUGUUACGCAAAAGCCAACAUGGGUAUUAAUCAAGCCUUACUUUGAAAACUUGGUAUCUCAUUUAAUCUAUCCAUUAUUAUGCCCAUCCGACCAUGUGUUAGAAAUUUUUGAAACCGAUCCCCAUGAGUACAUACACUCUAAUUUUGACAUAUAUGAUGAGUUUGAUACGCCUGAUGUCGCGGCACUUGGGUUGUUAGUUACUUUUGUUGAUAAACGGAAAAAGACAACGUUGGAACCAAUUAUAAAAUUUGUAUAUAAUCAAUUAACUGAUUUGCAGCAGCAGCCAGAAACACUUGAGGUUGCUAAGAAGAGAGAAGGUGCAUUGAGGUUAAUGGGAGGGAUAUCUCACUACGUUGUCAUACCACAUUCGCCAUAUUACUCUCAGAUGGAACAAUUUUUGACGGCGUUAGUUUUUCCUAAUCUUUCUUCUAAGUUUGAUUUCUUAAAGGCAAGAACGUUGGAAGUAUCUCUGAAAUUUGCUGAUUUGAACUUUGAGAAUAAAGACAAUUUGUCAGUAUUAUUCCAUGGAAUACUAAACAAUUUCAGCACAUCUAAUGAAGAAUCAAGUUUACCAGUUGAUUUUGAAUGUGCCUUGGUUAUUCAGGCAUACAUUCAUUUGCCAGAGUUUCAGGAAGCAUUAUCGACUAUUAUAUUACCUACAAUGUCAAAGUUAUUGGACUUGUCUAAUCAAAUUGAUAAUGAUGCAAUUUCAGCAGUAAUGCAGGAAUGUGUUGAGAAUUUCUCUGAGCAAUUACAACCAUUUGGAGUUGAUUUAAUGGCAAAAUUGGUUGAGCAGUUUAUGAGAUUGGCAGUUGAUAUCAAUGAAGCAUCAAAAGUAGAUGUGGACGAAUUCGAUGGAGAAUAUGAAGAUCAGACAGAUAAAAUUAUGGCAGCAGUAGGCUUGUUAAAUACAAUGAUUACAGUUCUUUUAUCAUUCGAAAAUUCCCGGGAGAUUUGUGCUAAAUUGGAAGAAGUAUUUUCUCCAGUUAUUGAAUUUGUCUUGAUUAAUAAGAUAGAUGAUUUUUUAACUGAAGUAGGUGAAUUGAUGGAAAAUUCAACCUUCCUUUCAAGAUCUAUUAGCCCAAUUAUGUGGAAGAAUUUUACGUAUCUUUACCAAUCAUUCACAGAUGGUAUAGCAUUGAUGUACACGGAAGAGUUAAGCCAGUGUUUACAGAACUUUUUGAUUUAUGGGCAAGAAGACCUUAUGAAAUCACCACAGUUAGUAGAAAAUUUCUACAAUAUUUUCAACAUUAUAAUCGAGAGUGAAGAUGCACAAGUAGGGUUCAACGACAUCGUGCUUGCUUGUGAAUUAGCUCAAACAUUCAUAUUGAUGUUGCAAACUCAGGCACAAGCGUACAUUCCGAACUUGGUCAACAGCGUCUUGAAGAUCUCACAAAGCAUGCAACAAGAUGAACAGCACGUCAAGUCCAGUUCAUUUAAUAUCACCAUCCAGAACGUUAUCAUUGCAGCAAUGGUGCAUGACUCAAAUGCCACGUUAAUGAACUUGCAAAACCAUCACCAAUUGGUACCAUUUUUCGUUGAAUGGUUCAAAACAAUUUCCAUUUUGAAACGUGUGUAUGACUUGAAGUUAUCGACACUUGGAUUGAUCAGUUUAAUGGAUAACAACGAAGCGUUGAAUCUUUUGGGUAACGAUAUAGUCGCUCAAAUCGGGUCGAAGCUCGCCUCCAUCAUGAAGACGUUGCCCAAAGCGAUCGAAAACUUGGAACACAAAAGAAAGAACUUCAGUGAGUCUGAGUUUACUUCGGACCAACCCUACGACGAUGCAUGGGAAAACCACAAUGACUACGACGAUGACGACGAUGAUGUUACUGGUGCACAGGACCUCACCCACGAACCAGAAGCCAGCACUACCGAGUACUUGGACUUUUUGCAGCAAGAAAACGUCAAGUUAAAGAACUCCGGUUUUUUCGACGAAGAAGACCUAGAAUUGAUAGAGGACCCUCUAGCUGCAUCUCCAUUAGACAGUUUGAAUGUAUUCCAAAUCUUCAAACAGUUCAGUCAAAGAUUGCAUGCCAACGAUAAUGCCAAAUAUAGCAUAAUCUUUGGCUCAUUGGACGUCUCGGAUCAGAAGAUAUUCACAGAUAUAUUUGAAGUGGUUAACUAG